GCUCCCCACGAGCCCAGCCAGCAUCCGCCCGCCUCCCUCUGCGCCGGGGCUCCCCGCCGGCCGGCGAGGCCCCUUUAAGAGCCGGCGCGCGCCCCCGCCCCGCGUGCUCCCACUUUCCAUAGCAACGGCCCCGGGGGAGGGGGACGUCCUGGCAACGGCGCGCCCGCCCCCGGCGAGCGGUCACGUGACGGCGCGCAGCUGGAGCGCGGGCGCGCGCCGGGGCCUGAGCGCUGCUGCGGCGCGUGCGCGAGCGAGCGGUGCCGCACCGGCCGCGGGAGCCGGGAGUAUUAUGGGCUGUGGGCGCCGCCGCGGAGCAAGAUGGAGCUGUCUGCCGUGGGCGAGCGGGUCUUCGCGGCCGAAUCCAUCAUCAAGCGGCGGAUCAGGAAGGGGCGCAUCGAGUACCUGGUGAAAUGGAAGGGGUGGGCCAUCAAGUACAGCACCUGGGAGCCCGAGGAGAACAUCCUGGACGCGAGGCUCAUCGCCGCCUUCGAGCAGAAGGAGAGGGAGCGUGAGCUGUACGGGCCCAAGAAGAGGGGACCCAAGCCCAAAACUUUCCUCCUGAAGGCGCGGGCCCAGGCCGAGGCCCUCCGCAUCAGCGAUGUGCACUUCCCCGUCAAGCCGAGCGCCAGCGCCUCCUCGCCCAAGCUGCACUCCAGCGCCGCCGUGCACCGGCUCAAGAAGGACAUCCGCCGCUGCCACCGCAUGUCCCGCCGGCCGCUGGCCCGCCCCGACCCCCAGGGCGGCAGCCCGGGCCUGCGCCCGCCCAUCUCGCCCUUCUCCGAGACCGUGCGCAUCAUCAACCGCAAGGUGAAGCCGCGGGAGCCCAAGCGGAACCGCAUCAUCCUGAACCUGAAGGUCAUCGACAAGGGCGCCGGUGCGGGGGGCGCCGGGCAGGGGGCCGGCAACCUGGCCCGCCCCAAGGUCCCCUCCCGGAACCGCGUCAUCGGCAAGAGCAAGAAGUUCAGUGAGAGCAUCCUGCGCACGCAGAUCCGCCACAUGAAGCUGGGCGCCCUGGCGCUGUACAAGCCGCCCGCGCCCGGCGCCCUGCCCGCCCCGCCCGGCAAGGCCGACCCGGCCGCCCCCGCCCCGGGGCUGCCCCUGGCGGCCCCCGCCGCCUCCUACGAUGCCCGCAGCUCCAGCUCCUCCGGCUGCCCCUCGCCCGCACCACAGUCCUCCUCCGACCCCGACGACGCGCCCCCCAAACUGCUCCUCGAGACCAUGAGCCCAUCUGCCCCCGACUGGCAGGAGCCCGAGGUGCUCGACCUGUCCAUCUCUCCCGAGGCGGCGGCCGCCGGCAAGCGGGCACCCCCCAGCGCCCCUCCGUCCGCGGGCCAGGAGCCGCCCCCCGCCCCCGAGCCCGCGGGCGCCGCCGAGCCGGAGGCCGGGGACUGGCGCCCCGAGAUGUCGCCCUGCUCCAACGUGGUCGUCACCGACGUCACUAGCAACCUCCUGACCGUCACCAUCAAGGAGUUCUGCAACCCCGAGGAUUUCGAGAAGGUGGCUGCCGGGGUGGCAGGCUCUGCCGGUGGGGGCGGCAGCGGCGGGCUGAGCAAGUGAGGGGCUCCAGCCAGGAGGAGGCUUUGGGGGGGCCUCCUGCCGAAGGUCGCGCUUUCUCCCACCCCCUCAGACACCUGCCUGUGCUUUGCUUCUUUCCAGUGGCUCAGUGUUACCCCGGGAUGGGAUGGGCAGUGGGAACCCCUCCAGCCCAGUGGGGGUCCGACCUGGACCAGAUUAGGGCUGGAGUUGGGCAGAGGCACUGGCAAGUCCUCUUGUCAUUCGGCACCCUCUCUCGCCAUGCACGGGAGGCCCACUGGGCGACUCCUAGGGAGUCCCAGAACCUGGGGUUCAGCUGCCGCCUCCAGCCCUGCCCUGUCUCCCCAGCUUGCUUCCAGCUCGCGCACGCACGGCAUCUGAUUUCUCGGUGCUACCCGGCAGCCGAGGGGCCUUAGGAGACCCCUCCCAGCAUGGGCACCCUUCCUUUCCUUCCUCCGGGUGCCAGGGCAGAAGGGCAGGGAUGGCAGAGCCCAGCCAGGUUGAGGAGCCCAGUGAGGGUGGCGGUGCCCAGAGCACGGGUCUGCCCACUUCUGGAGGAGACUCGAGCACUCCUUUCGGCCCCACCCCCCUCUCUAACCCCUGACUGGCAGGUGGGAGCUGGCAGGACUUCACCUGUCGGGCUCCCAGCAGCUAAGGGCCCCUCAGUUCACGACCAAAGGUGCUUCCGGAACCUGCCGCGGACACUUCCAGCCCUGUGUGUGUGCGUGUGCAGCCACUUGCUGUGCGUGUGCUGCCGUGUGUGCACCGGCCCUGGUCCAGCUUACGGGCGGCACCCCAGGGUUCCUCAGGACGGGGCCGCCCGAGGCCUGGACCUUCCCCUGCCGUUGGCUGGGCCUGUGGGGCCCCCAGGCCUACCCCCUGGCCCGUGUGCUGGGCGUGCAGCCUGACCGGAGCCUCUGGCUGCGCACACGGCACGGGGGGGUGGGGUGGGGGGGGGCCUGAGGCGGUGAAGGGAGACCGUCCGAGCGUCCCUUCCUCCUGGGUGCUGUGGGGAGGGGGAAGCCGGGCUCUGAGCUCCGGGGCUCCAGCUCCUCGCCCCCCUCGCCUGCUUCUGACUGCGGAGGCUGUCUCAGCGCUCCCUCUGCUGCCAGGAGCUGAGGCAUCCGUGCCAGCGGCAGAGACCAAAGCCCCGUUCCAGUCCAGACCUGGGAGGACAGGCAGGCCGAGGGGGGGCGCGAAGAGGGGCCGGGGUCUGGUGCGCUGGGGAGGCAGCCUGGGCCACUGGCUGCCAGGUUGGCAUGAGGAGCAGCCCUGGGUCCUGCCAGGGCUCGGUGUAGCCCUGGUACAUGGGUGACAGGGUCCACUCGGAGCAGGAGGCAGAAAGGGAAUCUGAUUGGGGAACAGGAAGUGUGGGAGGACUCGCAUCCCCCACCAGGGGCUGCAACCAGGCCUCUGGCCCCCCACCCCAGGGUGCAGAGCGAGGGCCUCGGAGGGUUUGGGGGGCUGGCACUCCCGGACCCUCCCACCGGCCCUUGGUGUUGGCUCCAUGGCUGUCCAAGUGCCAAUGGGCUGCCCCCCAAAUAAGGGCUGGUUUCUCCUCUGUCCUCGGAGGUGACCCCCGACCCCUCACCCCAGGUGAGCAACCACCUGGCGUCAGUUCCAGGUGUCUCCGAGACCAUAGAAAUGUGUUUUCCUGAGAGUCUGUCAUUCGUGACUUUUUGUAAAGAA